AUGUAUUUUCCUAGAGAGGCUAGGGAAAGUAAAGAAAAAGAGUUCUUAGAACAAAAACAAGGAUCUAUGACUAUCGACCAGUAUCUUGCAAAAUUCAAUGAUCUGGCAAAAUAUGCCAAUUACAGAAGGGCGUUUCCUACUCCUACUUAUUUAGCUGCCAAGUUUCAGUGUGGAUUAUGCGAAAAAAUAGCAAAGACAGUUUCAGGCUAUGCAUCUAGAGAUCUUUCCACUUUGAUUAAACAGUGUAAGUCUGUGGAAGGAGUUUAUGGUUCAUAUAAGAAAUCAUCUAAUGUUAAGGAAUCUGAUCCUAAAGGUACUACAAGUAAGAUGUCUCCAUGGAAGAACAACAAGGGUAAGAAUCUGCAAGUGAAACAAUCUGAUGAUAGGUUUAAGAAUUUUGGGAAUCAACAGGGUAGUGACUAUAAGUCUUAUCCGAAAUGUGUUAAGUGUGGUAAAUUCCACAAGGGUAUCUGCUGGAAGGAACAAAAUUUAUGUUUUAAGUGUGGUCAAUCAAGUCAUUUUAUGAAAGAUUGCCCCCAUAACAUGGGACAAGGUACUCCACUGCAGGCUAUCCAGAGUGCUCCAACUGUGGGCCGUGUGUUCACCAUUGAUCCUCAGAAGUCCGGAAUAGCUUUUAACCCUAGGAAAGGUACAAUUUAUGUUGUUAAAUAUGAUGUUAGUAUAUUGAUGGAUUAUGAAGUUUUGCAUUCUUGCAUUACAAACAUUAGAGAAUCAUCAACGAUAUGUUAA